AUGGUUGAAUUGUUCGACAAGAAGAGAAAGAUAGAGGGAGAUAGUGCUGUAAAAAAAGCUCCAAAACCUUCGAGGAUUUUCAGUCCCUUUAGAGUCUUGGGUAAUGUCACAGACUCAACUCCGUUUGCCAUAGGUACCUUAGGAUCAACAUUUUACGCUGUAACAUCUACUGGAAGAACAUUUCAAAUUUACGACUUGGCAACACUACAUUUAUUAUUUGUAUCUCAAUCACAAACCAAAUCCAAGAUUACCUGCUUUGCUACUCAUCACCAUUAUGUUUUUGCCGCUUACGGCAACGAAAUUGGGGUUUACAGACGAGGAAGAUUAGAAAAGACGUUGACUUGCGAAACCACUGGUGUCAUUACUCACUUGUGCUAUUUUGGGGAGUAUCUUGUAGCAGGUAGUACUGAAGGUGAUUUAUUGGUAUUCAAAAAGUCUGAAGGGUCGAAAUAUCCAUCUGAAUUAUAUUCUGUCCUCAAGGCCGUCAAUGCCAGCGUUGAUGGAGACAUAGUUGGAAUUGUGCACCCACCCACAUAUUUGAACAAAAUUGCAGUUGCUACAACCACCUCUGUUCUAAUUGUGAAUGUUCGUCUGGGUAAAGUGUUGUUUAAAUCACCGCAACAUCAAUUCGGCGAGGAAAAUAUUUCUUGCAUUGAAUGCGCUCCUGCACUUGAUAUUGUAGCUGUUGGGACUUCUACUGGUGAUAUUUUUAUCUUCAAUUUAAGAAAAGGUACGAUCUUGGGAGACAAGAUUACCACAUCAGGAUCAGAAUCAUCUUUUAAAGUGACGUCGAUUUCGUUCAGAACAGAUGGUGAGCCGCAUUUGGUUGCUGGUUUGAAUAAUGGGGAUUUAUACUUUCACGACUUGGAUAAAAAUAGUCGUGUGCAUAUAUUAAGGAACGCUCACAAGGAGUCAUUUGGAGGUGUAGCAAAAGCACAAUUUUUGAACGGACAGCCUAUUGUUUUAACCAAUGGUGGUGAUAACCAUUUGAAAGAAUUUGUCUUUGAUCCUAGUCUCACUUCAACAAACUCCUCAAUAAUUACACCGCCACGUCAUUUAAGAUCAAGAGGUGGUCAUUCGGCACCACCGGUAGCUAUAACAUUUCCCGAGGAAGACAGGACUCAUUUUAUAUUAAGUGCCUCCAGAGAUCGGUCCUUUUGGAGCUUUUCGUUGAGAAAAGAUGCGCAAGCACAAGAGUUCUCUCAGAGAAUGCACAAAUCAAAGGACGGAAAAAGACAAGCAGGAGUCAUCGCUUCAUUGAAGGAGAAAUUCCCCGAAAUUAUUGCAGUUUCCUCAUCAGAGGCAAGAACUGGUGAUUGGGAAAACAUAAUAACCGCACACAAGGAUGAACCUUUUGCUAGAACUUGGGACUCCUCUACCAAAAGAGUCGGAAGAAAUGUUUUGAACACCGUUGAUCAAGGUUUUUGCAAAGCUGUUUGCAUUUCACAAUGUGGUAAUUUUGGUCUUGUCGGUUCCUCAUUUGGGGGCAUUGGUGUUUACAACUUACAAUCAGGCUUAUUAAGGAAAAAGUACAUUUUGCAUAAACAAGCCGUGACCGGUCUUGCAAUCGAUGGAAUGAACAGAAAGAUGGUAAGCUGUGGUUUAGACGGAAUUGUUGGUUUCUACGAUUUUGGUAAGUCUAAAUACUUGGGAAAACUCCAACUAGAUACGCCAAUUACUUCUAUGGUAUAUCACAAGCAAUCAGACUUGAUAGCAUGUACAUUGGACGAUUUAUCAAUUGUUGUGAUUGAUGUAACCACGCAAAAAGUUGUCAGAGUACUCAUUGGUCACUCAAAUCGAAUUUCAGGUUUGGACUUUUCUCCAGAUGGAAGAUGGAUUGUAUCCGUUGGUUUGGACUCAACUUUGAGAACAUGGGAUUUGCCUACAGGUGGAUGUAUUGACGGAGUUGUGUUGCCUGUGGUGGCCACAUCAGUGAAAUUUUCUCCUCUUGGUGAUUUAAUCGCAACGACCCACGUUUCAGGUAACGGUAUAUCGUUAUGGACCAACCGUGCUCAAUUUAAGCCGGUAUCAACAAGACAUAUUGAAGAGGAAGAGUUUUCUACGAUUUUAUUGCCAAACGCAGCAGGUGACGGUGGAUCAACUAUAUUAGAUGGUGCUUUAGAUGAGGAACAAGACAAAGACGAAUACGCCUUAGGGAAGUAUGACUCUAAAAGUCAAAUCAAUGAAAGUUUAAUAACGUUGUCCUUAGGCCCAAGAACUAAAUUCACCACUUUGAUUCAUUUGGAUGCUAUCAAGCAAAACAACAAGCCCAAAGAAGCAAUCAAGAAACCAGAAAAGGCCCCAUUCUUUUUGAGCUUGAGCGGUGAAGCGGUAGGUGACAGGGCCUCAGUUGCUGAAGGUCUGCAACACAAAGAAGUGCAAGGAUCUGCUAAAGAAGAUAGUAGGCUCUUAUCCUUGAGCGAGGCGAAUGGGCACUCUUUUGAAAGUGAGUUUACAAAGUCGUUGAGAUCUUCUGCAGAAAGAAAUGACUAUGCUUCAUUCUUGGAGUAUCUUGUCAAGUUAUCUCCCGCAACCUUGGACCUCGAAAUUAGAUCUUUAAAUUCACAGCCACCUUAUCAAGAGAUGACAAAUUUUAUCAGGGCAUUGAUCAUUGGGUUAAAGGGUAAUACAAAUUUCGAGCUUAUAGAAACCAUAUUUUCACUAUACUUCAAAGUUCACGGAGACAUUGUCCACCAAACCGAAGAAUCAUCAGAUUUGCGUAUUACAUUGAAUGAAUACACCCAAGUUAGCCAAGAGAUGAAUGAGAAGAUGGAUGAAGCGGUCAAAUACUGUUCCAGUGUAAUCAAUUUUAUUUUGUAG